AUGCCCUUGUUGGGCGAAGAGAGGACGUUACCAACCUUCCCAUGGCGUUCCCGUGGCUUGGUCUCUUCGGGUCUGCCUUUCCCUGCACUGGUCUCCAAACACGUGGAUCGACUGGCCAAAAAGCGCGUCUUCCUCGUGGUGUCGGGAUCGCUGGCUAAGCAUACAGACUGCGUGACAAAGCUGAAGGAUGCGUUGGGAGACAAGCUGGUGGGUAUCAAUGUCGGAUUUCCAAGUCACACACCAUGGACACACGUGCUGAAGUUGGCCGAAGAGAUAAAACAGAGCAACGCAGAUAUCGUGGUCACGUGUGGCGGCGGCUCCAUCACCGACGGCGUCAAGCUCGCCGGGUUGAGUCUGGCGAAUGGCCUUACGUCCCUCCAUGCGCUCGGCGCGAUGAGUGACAAGCUGAAAGCUGCGAUGCUGCACGACAUUGACUACAAAUACGUCACGGACUCGGAUCCUCCAGAUGUGCAUGCUCCGCCUUUCACCAUGAUCAACGUUCCGACCACGCUUUCUGCAGGGGAAUACUCACCCUACGCAGGCGGGAUCGACGCCACGGACGGCGUCAAGAAGAUCUUUGUGCACCAGGGUCUCUUCGCGGACGUGGUGAUUUUGGACCCGGAACUGGCGGCCAAUUCGCCCGAGUGGGUGUGGAUGAGUAGCGGGGUGAGAGCGAUCGACCACUGCGUCGAGUUAUUGGGGAGCCUGAAUCCCGCGAUUGAGGAGGAGACGGACGAGGCGGCGGAGAAGGGGUUGGUUCUGCUGGUAAGAGGGCUUUUGAAGCUGAGAAGGGAGCCACAGGACCUGGAAGCUAGGCUAGAAACGCAGUUUGGAUCGGUUUUGGCCAUGGACGGCCUAUGUAGAGGCGUCCACCUGGGCGCUUCACACGCCAUUGGACACGAACUGGGCACCAUGAACGUCGCACACGGACACACAUCUUGCGUCCUCUGCCCCACGGUUAUGAAAUACAACGCCAGCGUCAACGGGCAUCGUCAACAACGGGCUCUCAACGCCCUCUGGUCCGACCCGUACAUUCGUGAGACGCUCGAGACUCGUUGCAAUUUGACGCAGUCUUCCGCCGACCUCGGGGAUGUUCUCGAUGCGCUUUUUCGCCAGUUCGGUAUGCCGAGGACAUUGAGGGAGGUCGGAGUGGAGGGGCAAGAGAAAUUGACGGACCUGGCGAGAAAGUGCUUGGAAGAUCCGUGGUGUAGGACGAACCCGAUUCCGCUGGUGACCGAGGAGCAGGUGAUGAAGAUUCUGAAGCUUGUCGAGAAAUAA